UGUUAUCUCUCCCGCUGCCACCUUCUCAUUCCCACCUCAUCUCUUCUCUUCAGUCACCUCCUCACCGUCUUUACACCCCACAUUCUCUUGGCUAGCAUGAAGCUUUCUCUCCUCGCCUUCACCACUCUGGCCCUUGCCAUGGGCGCCAACGCCGAGCAGUGCCUCAAGGCCACUAACAGCAAGACGGACAUGUGCCGUCAGCUCUCCGGCGGAGGACUCGUUGACAUUUCUGCCCUCGGCUGUGGCACCCUGAACAUGGCCGGCAGCACCAAGAUCCUCAAGCGCGACCCUCGCCGCUCUCACCCCUCCAAGGCCAAGCCCUCCGGCUCAUCGAACCUGUGCUCCACCUUCCGCGGUGCAGGCGUUGCCUCCCUCGACCUCCUCGGCUGUGGCAACACCAACAUCUCCCCCGAUGUGUCCGUAGCCCGCCGCGAGCUCAAUGCUCUCAACACCGUCUGCGAGGACUUUGCUCAUGGUAUGCUCGGAAAUCUCGAUGUCAUUGGCUGCCCUCAGACCUCUUCCAGCAAGCGCUCCAACGAUGGACCUGAUGCUCAUCUUGAGCAAUUCGCCCGCCGCAGUCAAGUCUGCGAGCGUUACGGCUCCCUUGGACUUGAUUUGCGCAACUUUGGCUGCGCGGAGCACCAUGUCAACCGCCGUACCGACAAUACCGAAGCCUGCAACGAUCUUGCUGGCGCCGGUCUGGUCAACGUUGGGCUCAUGGGAUGCUCCGACAACGACAUCUCGCCCGACACCGCUCUCUUCCGCCGCACCAACGGCUGUCACGCUCGCGGACGUGUGGGCGUCAAGGCCAACAGGAAGGCCAACGGCAAGGCCAGCGGCAAGCAGCACCUACGCCCGGUGGUCUCUGGCAGCGCCAGCGGCAAUGUUGGUACCAGUGGCUCGGGCUCGGCCAACGUCGGCGGCUCUGGAUCGGCUGGAACCAAGGGCAAUGCUGGUAGCUCGGGCUCUGGCUCGGCCAGUGUGCAGGGCAGCGGCGGCCUUGGCGGUCUCCUCAACGGUGUCCUCGGCGGCGGCGGCGGUGGCUCUGGCUCUGCCUCGGGCUCGGCUGGUGCUAAGGGCAGUGGUGGGCUCGGCGGUGUUGUCGACGGUGCCCUCGACGGGGUCCUCAACGCUGGCGCUGGACUUCCUGGACUAGACGCCGCCGGCAACCUCGUUGGCCAGGUCGCUGGCGCUGUCGAUGGCCUCACGGGCUCCAUUGGCCUCCCUGGCCUCGGUGGCUCUGGCAGUGUUGGCAGCUCUGGCAGCGUGUCGGGCAGCGGCAAUGGCAAAGGCAAUGGCGGCGCCGGUGUCUCAGGCAGCGGAGGCGUGACCGGGGGAUCCAGCGGCGGUGCUUCUGGCGGUGCCGGAGCUAGUGGCAGCGGCAGUGGUAGCGGUGGAGCGGGCACUUCCUCCUCGGGAUCCUCUCACCCUCACCCCCACCCUCGUCCUCAGGCUCGCGCCCACCCUCACCCUGUCCCAGCCUCCACCACUCCUCAACAGCCAGCCUGCGAGGAGUCGCUCAGCUCCAUGUGCGAGAAGAUGAGCGGUGCUUCGCUCAUCAACCUCAACCUGCUUGGCUGCGGUGGUGCGAAUGUGGCGCCCAAGGUCGACUUGCUUGGUGGGCUCCUCUAAGCCUGUGUCGCGCCAGUGACGCCUUACAAACAGACAUUCUCUU